AAAUAUGUUACAAUUUCCCUUGUACAGUCAUCAAUUCCCACUAUGUUUGUAUCUGUCUAAAUGGUGCAAAGAUUCAGUUCCUGAAAUUCGUACUUCUUCUUUCUGAUCCUUCACUAUCUGGACCAACAUCUGUGGAUAAGGAUAGCUAAUGUGUUUACGUGCAGUGUGCUCUCUUCUGUCUUUGUGAAUUUCAAGUGUUCUGCUGCCUCCUUGUUUACUACAAAUAUGGAUCACGUCCAUCCAACCACAGAGGAUUCCACAGAUUACUGGGAUUAUGAAGAUGACGAAAAUUACACAUUUUCCCCUAAAACAGAUGGGAUUUCUGCAAAACCAUGCUUCCAGGAAGACAUCUAUGGUUUUGCGCACAAGUACUACCCCGUCGUAUACAGCCUGGUGUUCGUCUUGGCUGUUAUAGGCAAUGUGCUGGUGCUGUGUGUGAUCAGACGCUACAGAAACUCUCAGAGCGGUGGAGCUUGUGCCUUCUCUCUGACAGACACCUUCCUCCUUCACCUGGCUAUUUCUGACCUCCUGCUGGCCUUCACUCUGCCCCUGUUUGCAGUGCAGUGGGCUCACCAGUGGGUGUUCGGCUUGGUCGUUUGCAAGAUCUCCGGUGCCCUUUUCUCCCUGAACCGCUACAGCGGCAUCCUGUUCCUGGCCUGCAUCAGCUUUGACCGAUACCUGGCCAUCGUCCACGCCGUCAGCUCAGGCUGGAAGCGCAACACCUGCCAUGCCCAGUUUGCCUGUGCCAUUAUCUGGGUGGUCUGCCUGGGCCUGAGUGGAGUAGAUGUCGCCUUCAGACAGGUAGAGGGGGUGACCACCGCCGACCACCAGGGGCCGCCCUUGUGCCAAAUGUGGUUCACUGGUAACUCAAUGCAGUGGCGGGUGAGCCUGCAGUUGAUCAGUGUCGUUCUGGGGUUUGGGGUCCCCCUUCUGAUCAUGCUCUACUGCUACAUCCAGAUCUUCAGGUCUCUGUGCAAUGCCAGUCGUCGGCAAAAGCGCAAGUCUCUCCGCCUCAUUAUCUCCUUAGUGUCCGUGUUCGUUAUCUGCUGGGCACCAUACAACUGCUUCCAGCUGGCAGACAGCCUGCAGAGCCUGGGUGUGGUGAGCGGAGGUUGCCAGUACGGUCGUGUGGUGGACAUUGGGACUCUGAUCACCGAAAGCGUGGGCCUGUCUCACUGCGCCCUGAACCCUCUGCUGUACGGGUUCGUAGGGGUGAAGUUCAGGAGGGAGCUGGUCAGAAUGUGUAAGGGGCUGCUGGGUCAGAGAGGCCUGCUUGGGAUGGAGGGUUGGAAGCAGAGGAGGCUUAGAAAAACCACAGGCUCUUUCAGUUCUGCAGAAAGUGAAAACACCUCCUACUCUGUCAUGGUGUGAUAUCGGUUGGCGACAUGUGAAGAAAAAAAUUGAGAUAAAGACGCAUGUGGUUUGUUGUGUAAGCGAGGUGGGGGGGGAGGUGAUGCAGUGAGAGAUACAACUGUGGUGAAUGGAGCGAGGAGAAACUACACUGCAUGUCAAUUCAAUUUUGACUUUAGAAAUAUUCUCAGAAGAGUAAUGUUUCUGCCUGUUAUUCAUGUGUUAUAUUGAUGCUUUGCUAUCUAGUUGUUGGUAUUGUGCAACUUAAAACACAUUCUUCUCUUUAUUCCUUAAGAACGUUGUAGUAAAAUCAUUAUGUGGAGGUGGAGCACAGAGUGGAGCAGAAGGUCACAGCCCUAUCCUGAUGGUGUGACAAAACAUUUCAUGAGAACGCGCUGAUUUUUGCGUACAUACGCCAAAUAUUGUCAAAUAUCUACAUUUCGUCAUACCCCCCACCCAAACGCUGGUUCAGCAGUUACACACUCAUAUCUGACAUCUGUAUACUUGGAGUGUGUGUGGGGUUUUUUUUGUAUCUGUUUUAUCUCUCAGAAAGAUUGCGAUAAAAACAAGUUUAAGCUCAUAAAACCGUCAAGAUGACUGUGUUGAUUCAAAUCUGUAUGUGUGGAAAUUCUUUUUAUAAUCCUUUUUUUAUGAUGUAAAUAAAACUGUGUGCAUCAACAUCGUCCUCUGUGUCGCGAAAGAGGAAAUGAAUAUGACCAAUUUUGAAUUUUGUAUGCAACAUGAAAAGCCAGUCUCUUUUUGAGGUGCAAGUUUUUUUAUAAUAAAUAUUUUUAAUACAAACAAAGCUUCACGUCUGUUGUGCAUCAACCUCCCACGUUACUUCUCUGCAGGUUUACUCUGGUCAAGUUUCUUGCAGCACAGAUGUCAUGGUUAACAGCAAUGAAGUAGUUAAGGAGCUAAAAUGAACUGGGUGUACUGGAGGGACAAAGCGCUCUUCGGAGGGAUGAUGCAUCUGGUUCUGAGUCACAGCAACACUAACAGAAGCUCCAGAUAACUCAGUCUAACAGUAUUUCCUCUGUCUACUUAUGCUAUGUUUGAAGGGCCACACAUGGGGUUCCAGAUUAUCCUACAUUAUCAUUAAUGUAAAGAAACUGAACAGUCAAGGACCACAGCAAGUGGUUGAGUAGUCAGAUCCUGUGCUUGAGUAAAGUAAGUGGUACUGCAAUGUAAAAAAUACUUUAUAGGAAGUAAUUACAAAAAGCUUUUGUAAGCAAAAUGUAUCUGUACCACCAAAGGUACAUUUUACAGACAUUCUUUAACUGCUGUCAUUACUAUGCACAGAGUUUUGUUGUUGGUGCCUUGAUAUGUAGAAAACAUGUUGCAGUUGAACCAGGCAAAGCUAAUUUUUACUAUUCAUGUUCUAUUGUUUAAUCUUUUAAUGAAGUGAUAACAUGUUUUGUAUAUUAUACAUAUUAAAUCUGCCAAGUGCCAAGUAAAUCUUGCA